AUGGAGGCCUCAUCUCGAAACGUCACCAAAUCGUUCUACGACCAGCUUCGAUCCCGAGACGAUGACCUUCCCGACCUCGAAGAUGGAAGGAUGCGAGCGCUCGACGAGGAAAACUUAAUGCAUGAAUUCAGAGAUGUGCAAGUCGAUGAUAUGAUUAUUCGAGAAAGUCGUAUAGCCAUGGGAAGUACUAUGGCCGGACGUGGCCGGAAGAACGGCUCUCCCUCUUCGAAAAAACAAGACAAGAGCACACAGCCAAUCACUGCCUGGGCAGUUGAUGACGAAGAUCCGGAUGAAGAUGUUCCCGCAUCUCUCCUAAUCGAGAACAAUUCUGAGCCAACACAACGACUUGAUGCCAUGGCGGGGGUGACUACCCAGGGCACAAUGGAGCCAACAACCUGGAGGACACCCUCGCCUGCGACGCACAGAGCCCGAUGGGAAACUGCCAAACGACAGCAACAAUUGUAUCGGGAUGACAGCAGUCCGGGUGCCCAGCCUCGUUCCGUAAUGACAGGCACUCGUUUUGGAGGCAGGCGAGAACGCGCCCUGUGGAGAUGGGUGAAUACGUCCAGUCUGGAUACCUUCAUGAGAGAUGUAUACGACUACUACGAAGGUGGAGGCAUGUGGUGCAUUCUUUGCUCAAAUGCCCUGUGGCUCUUGGAAACGCUGUUUGUCGCGGUUCUUCUCACGUUUCUCACGCAAUGUGUCGACUACGGUAAGGUGCCAAGGAGCAAGUCGCUCGAACAAGUCAUUAUCCCACAAUGUACUCGAAAAAUGUCGGGCUUCUGGAACCUCGGAAUAUGGCUGUACUCGUUCUUCUUCAUAUGGAAAUCAGUCCAAUACUUCCUCGAGAUACGCCGCUUGAUUCACAUACGAGAGUUCUACAUCUGUCUACUGGAAAUUCCAGAGCAAGACAUGCAGACUGUGUCUUGGCAAGAUAUCGUUGCCAGGAUUAUGUCUUUACGGGAUCAAAAUCCCAAAACAGCAGCAAAUAUCCCCGCAAAGCUACGACGUUUCAUGGGUAGUCAGUCAAAGGAAAGACUAGACGCUCACGAUAUUGCAAACAGACUCAUGCGAAAAGAGAAUUAUCUCAUUGCCAUGAUAAACAAAGAUGUGCUGAACCUCUCUCUACCAAUUCCGUUCAUGCACGGCAGACAGCUGUUCUCGAAGACGAUGGAGUGGUACCUUCAUUAUGGGAUCCUCGACAUGGCUUUCAACGAACUAGGCCAAGUGCAGCAAGACUUCUUGCGCGUUGACCGCCGAAGAAUUUUGAGUGAAAAGUUGCGACAAAGACUCCUUUUCGCGGGAAUAUUGAAUCUUCUAUUCGCCCCAAUUGUUCUUGCAUAUGUCAUUAUUGUCUACUUCUUCACCUACUACAAUGAGUACCAAAAGGACCCAAAACUAGCAGCUGCGAGAAAAUACACAGCCCUGGCAGAGUGGAAGUUUCGCGAAUUCAACGAACUGCCACAUAUUUUCUAUGAGAGGCUGCACAUGUCUUUCCCAUUCGCAACACGAUAUGUUGACCAGUUUCCGAAGAGGAUGACUGAAGAUAUAGCGAGAAGCGUGGCAUUUAUGUCCGGCGCGAUCACUGCUGUGCUAGCAGUGUGCACAGUGCUUGACUCGGAGCUGUUUCUUGGAUUUGAAAUUACCAAGGAUAGGACUGUGCUAUUCUAUCUAGGCAUUUUUGGGGCCAUAUGGGCUAUGACUCGUGGUAUGGUAUCCGAAGAGACUGCAGUCUUUAACCCCGAGUAUGCUCUUCGCAAUGUCAUCGAGUAUACACACUAUAUGCCUGAGCACUGGGAAGACAGACUCCACAGCUUCGAAGUGAAGAAAGAAUUUGCCGAGCUUUAUAAAAUGAAGGUCGUGAUCUUCCUGGAGGAAGUCAUGGGGAUUAUAACGACCCCGAUGCUCCUAUUGUUCGCCCUUCCAAGAUGCAGCGACCAAAUCGUUGACUUUUUCCGUGAAUUUACUGUUCAUGUCGACGGACUCGGGCCCGAUGAUGAACUCGAAGAUGAUGCUGACGACGGCGAUGGAAUUCUGGGUGAAUCUGUUUGGGAGACAUCGCCGGCCAAGGGUUUGAGUCGCGAAAACAGUGCAGCCAAUACGGCUGAGCCGGAUGCAGGUGUACUGGGGCUGAUAUAUCAAUUGCGACAGACCCAGCACGGCCGUCGUGGGAGUGGCAUGGUCUAA